GAAGUGAGAACGCGGGCGAACGAGCCAGGUGUCGGGGCGCUGGGAGAGGCGCACCCCAGGCCUGCGCGGAGAGAGGGAGAAAGUGAAGCUGGGAGUUGCCACUCCCAGGGACUUGCUGGAAUGUGGUUGGAGGGGGUAGGGGGGUGCGAGUUGUGAGCGCGCUUGCUCCCAAUCACAGGAGGAGGAAGGAGGAGGUGGAAGAAGAGAGCUGCCUUGAGGAAGUACGAGAAUGAAGUUGUGAAGCUGAGAUUCCCCUCCAACCAGCCGCGAGAGCCGAGAAGCGGUCCCCAGGCGGCCGCAGCAGCCCGCACCGCGCCUGGUCCAGCCGGAGGAACCAUGGGGCCGGAGCCUCAGUGAGCACCAUGGAACUGGCGGCCUGGUGCCGCUGGGCGCUCCUGCUCGCCCUGUUGCCUCCUGGAGCCGCGGGCACCCAAGUGUGCACCGGCACAGACAUGAAGCUGCGGUUCCCGGCCAGUCCUGAGACCCACCUGGACAUGCUUCGCCACCUCUACCAGGGCUGUCAGGUGGUGCAGGGCAACCUGGAACUCACCUACCUGCCUGCCAGUGCCAGCCUCUCCUUCCUGCAGGACAUUCAGGAGGUGCAGGGCUAUGUGCUCAUCGCUCACAAUCAGGUGAGACAGCUUCCACUGCAGCGGCUGCGAAUUGUGCGUGGUACCCAGCUCUUUGAGGACAAAUAUGCCCUGGCUGUGCUGGACAACGGAGACCUGGACAGUGCUGCUUCUGCCCCAGGGGCCCCUCCUGGGGGGCUGCGGGAGUUGAAACUGCGAAGCCUCACAGAGAUCCUGAAAGGAGGGGUCUUGAUCCAACGGAACCCCCAGCUCUGCCACCAGGAAACAAUUUUGUGGCAGGACAUCUUCCACAAGAACAACAAACUGUUUUACAAGAGCAUCAGGCAGAUGGUCCCUGAAGACAUUGACAGUAACCGUUCUCGGACUUGCCAACCCUGUUCUCCUACUUGCAAAGACUCCCAGUGCUGGGGAGAGAGUUCUGAGGACUGUCAGAGCUUGACACAAAAUAUUUGUGCCAGUGGUUGUGCCCGCUGCAAGGGCCCACUGUCCACAGAUUGCUGCCAUGAGCAGUGCGCCGCCGGCUGCACAGGCCCCAAGCAUUCUGACUGCCUGGCCUGCCUCAGCUUCAACAACAGUGGCAUCUGUGAGCUGCACUGCCCAGCCCUGGUCACCUACAACACCGACACCUUUGAGUCCAUGCUCAACCCCGAGGGCCGCUACACCUUUGGAGCCAGCUGCGUGACGUCCUGUCCCUACAACUACCUGUCUACUGAUGUGGGAUCCUGCACCCUUGUCUGCCCCAUGAACAACCAAGAGGUGACAGCUGAGGAUGGAACACAGCGGUGUGAGAAAUGCAGCAAGCCCUGUGCGCCAGCGUGCUAUGGUCUGGGCAUGGAACAUCUGCGAGAGGCCAGGGCCGUCACCAGUGCCAACAUUCACAAGUUUGCAGGCUGUAAGAAGAUCUUCGGGAGUCUGGCAUUUCUUCCAGAGAGCUUUGAAGGGGAUCCAGAUUCCAAAACUGCCCCCCUCCAGCCUGAGCAACUCAAAAUCUUUGAGACUCUGGAGGAGAUCACAGGUUACCUGUACAUCUCUGCAUGGCCAGACAGGCUGCCUGACCUCAGUGCCUUCCAGAACCUUCGAGUAAUCCGGGGAAGAGUUCUGCAUGAUGGUGCCUACUCGCUGACUCUGCAAGGACUGGGCAUUAUCUCACUGGGGCUCCGUUCCCUGCGAGAACUGGGCAGCGGGCUGGCCCUCAUCCACCACAACCCCUGCCUCUGCUUCGUGCACACGGUGCCCUGGGAGCAGCUCUUCCGGAACUCUCACCAGGCCCUCCUCCACAGCGCCAACCGGCCAGCAGAUGCGUGUGUGGGUGAGAACCUAACCUGCUAUUCGCUGUGCGCCCAUGGGCACUGCUGGGGUCCCGGGCCCACCCAGUGCGUCAACUGUAGCCACUUCCUUCGGGGCCAGGAGUGCGUGAAGGAAUGCCGAGUACUGCAGGGAUUGCCCCGGGAGUAUGUGAAAGGCAGGCACUGUCUGCCCUGCCACUCUGAGUGUCAGCCCCAGAAUGGCUCUGAGUCCUGCUCUGGAUCGGGGGAUGACCAGUGUGUGGCCUGUGCCCACUACAAGAACCCUCCUUCCUGUGUGGCUCGAUGCCCCAGUGGUGUGAAGGCUGACCUCUCCUUCAUGCCAGUCUGGAAGUUCCCUGAUGAGGAGGGCACGUGCCAGCCAUGCCCCAUCAACUGCACCCACUCCUGUGUGGACCUGGACGACAAGGGCUGCCCCGCCGAGCAGAGAGCCAGCCCUGUGACAUCCAUCAUUGCUGUGGUGGUGGGCAUUCUGUUUGCCAUCAUGUGCCUGGCCCUUGGCAUCAUCAUCAAGCGAAGGCGGCAGAAGAUCCGGAAGUAUACCAUGCGGCGGCUGCUGCAGGAAACCGAGCUGGUGGAGCCACUGACUCCAAGCGGAGCAGUGCCCAACCAGGCUCAGAUGCGGAUCCUGAAAGAAACAGAGCUGAGGAAGGUGAAGGUGCUUGGAUCUGGAGCUUUUGGCACAGUCUACAAGGGCAUCUGGAUUCCGGAUGGGGAAAAUGUGAAAAUCCCAGUGGCCAUCAAAGUAUUGAGGGAAAACACAUCUCCAAAAGCCAACAAAGAGAUCUUGGAUGAAGCAUAUGUGAUGGCUGGUGUGGGCUCCCCUUAUGUGUCCCGACUCUUGGGCAUCUGCCUGACAUCCACGGUGCAGCUGGUGACACAGCUCAUGCCUUAUGGCUGCCUUCUGGACCACGUGCGGGAACACCGUGGACGCCUGGGCUCCCAGGACCUGCUGAACUGGUGCGUGCAGAUCGCCAAGGGGAUGAGCUACUUGGAGGACGUGCGGCUUGUGCACAGGGACCUGGCUGCUCGAAAUGUGCUGGUCAAGAGUCCCAACCAUGUCAAGAUUACUGACUUUGGUCUGGCUCGGCUGCUGGACAUUGAUGAGACUGAGUACCAUGCGGACGGGGGCAAGGUGCCCAUCAAGUGGAUGGCAUUGGAAUCCAUUCUCCGCCGGCGGUUCACCCACCAGAGUGACGUGUGGAGUUAUGGUGUGACUGUCUGGGAACUGAUGACUUUUGGGGCCAAGCCUUAUGAUGGGAUCCCAGCCCGGGAGAUCCCUGAUUUGCUGGAGAAGGGGGAACGACUGCCGCAGCCCCCCAUCUGCACCAUUGAUGUCUACAUGAUCAUGGUCAAGUGCUGGAUGAUUGACUCUGAAUGUCGGCCUCGAUUCCGAGAGUUGGUGGCUGAGUUCUCUCGAAUGGCCAGGGACCCACAGCGCUUUGUGGUCAUCCAGAAUGAGGACUUGGGCCCUGCCAGCCCCUUGGACAGCACCUUCUACCGCUCACUGCUGGAAGACGACGACAUGGGGGACUUGGUGGAUGCAGAGGAGUACUUGGUACCCCAACAGGGCUUUUUCUGCCCAGACCCUGCCCCAGGCACCGGGGGCACAGCCCACCGCAGGCACCGAAGCUCAUCCACCAGGAGUGGUGGUGGUGAGCUAACACUAAGCCUGGAACCCUCUGAGGAAGAGCCCCCCAGGUCUCCACUGGCACCCUCCGAAGGGGCUGGUUCAGAUGUGUUUGAUGGCGACCUAGGAAUCGGGGUAGCCAAGGGACUGCAGAGCCUCCCCUCACAUGAUCCCAGCCCUCUACAGCGGUACAGUGAGGACCCCACAUUACCCCUCCCCCCUGAGACCGACGGCUACGUGGCCCCUUUGAACUGCAGCCCCCAGCCUGAAUAUGUGAACCAACUUGAGGUUAGGCCGCAGCCUUCCUCACCUGUAGAGGGUCCUCUGUCUCCUUCUCGACCUGCUGGUGCCACUCUAGAAAGACCUAAGACUCUUUCCCCCAAGACUCUCUCCCCUGGGAAGAACGGGGUUGUCAAAGACAUUUUUGCCUUUGGGGGUGCUGUGGAGAACCCUGAGUACUUGGUACCCCAGGGUGGGACUGCCCCUCAGCCCCACCCUCCUCCAGCCUUCAGCCCAGCCUUUGACAACCUCUAUUACUGGGACCAGGACCGGUCAGAGCGGGCCUCUCCACCUGUGGCCUUUGAAGGGACCCCUACAGCAGAGAACCCUGAGUACCUGGGCCUGGAUGUGCCAGUAUGAACUAUGGCCAAGUUCUCUUGAGGCCUGGCUGCACACUCUGAGGCAGCUGGGGAGGCUUGACUUCUGACCUACUUCCAGAUGAGGCCCUUUGCCCAUGUCCUCGGACAGCUGCCAGGCCAGGAACCAACCUUCCUAUGAGAUUUCCAGGUGGCUGAGAGGUACUCAGCGAGCUGGAAGAAGGGGCAGUACUGGGGUGUUUGGUUUGGAGCCCUGCCCCAGAAGACUGUACGCCACAAGGCAGAGCCAGCCUCUCCAGAGGGAGCAGCAUUGCCUGGCUCUUUUGCCAGCCCCUUGGCCCUGAAGAACUGAGGGGAGCAGGGCCUGGCAGUGGGAGAAAGCCCAAGGGAGCCAAGGAACAAGAGCAGCUCAUUCAGAGACUGUUCCCGAGACAUAGCUCUGCUCCCAGGAGGGAGCAGCAGCAUCCACACUAUGUUGUACAGAGUGCUUUUUUGUUUGUUUUUACUUACUUUGUUUUUUAAAGAUGAAAUAUGAACUCAGGGAGAAAGUGGGUAUUGUGGAAGUGGGGCAAGGGUGGCUCCUGGGGUUGGGAGAGAGAUGUGUCCUCUUCAUAUCCAUUUUCUCCACUUGCAAAUAUAUUUUGGAAAACCGC